AGGUUUCAGCCCGUUAACCGAAGCUGCGGUAUCUCAUAGCUACUGUUUCUCUGUGCAGCACGCGCCAGUAUUUCACUGAGGAUUUCUAUAUUGCAGGAGGAGGAAACUUUUUUUUGGACUUAACCCGCCCCUCUGCAUUUUGGGAUUUGAUCGUGGGCUGUUGCAGGAAGUCCCUUCACAUCCUGUAUCCUGCAUCUGAGAGCUGUGGUUUUAUUAGAGCUGCUCUCUCUCCAUCUCUCCGGUAAACAUGAUGCACUGCCGGCGCGCGGACAAAUGCUCUCUCAUAGCGGUGCUUCUGCACGCGCUCGUGCUGCUGACCGUUACACUCGCCGCCCAUUUACCGGAUGGGAAGCUUUUGAAAAGUGCAGCCAUGAAGCUGGAACAGUAUGAGACUAUGGUACCACUUCUGCUGGAUGGAAAAAAGCAACACUCAAUCAGCUUGCUUCGCUCUAGGAGUCCUCCAGCUCUACUGCAGAUAUUGAUAAAGGCAGAAGGCCAGCAGUUGAUCCUCUCACUGAAGAAGAAUGAGGGUCUCUUUAGCAGCAAUUACAGUGAAACACACUACAGAGAGGAUGGACAGGCAGUCACUCAUAACUCUAUGGUGAACUGCUAUUAUCAUGGUGAAGUUGAAGGACACACCGACUCUGAUGUCAGCCUCAGCACUUGCUCUGGUCUCAGGGGGUUCAUCUUACUUACAAAUGAGAUGUUCAUGGUGGAGCCUGCUUUUGAGCCAGACAACGGUACACACAUGGUUUACAGAGGAGAACAUUUACACUUCCCUUCUGGAACUUGUGGUCAUGGACACAACAUGUCCAACAUCAACCAAGGAAAUGUCCGGGAACUGUUACAAUCAUUCAACUCCAGGAAUAAAAGAGAUGCACAGAAGACCACCAAAUAUGUGGAGCUCAUUAUUGUGGCAGACAACAGGGAGUAUCAUAAACAUGGGAAAGAUGUAGAAAAGGUGAAGCAGAGGAUGGCUGAGAUCGCUAAUUAUGUUGACAAGUUCUACAGGGUUCUAAAUAUCAGAGUAGCUCUGGUGGGGCUGGAGGUUUGGAGUGACUCUGACAAAUGUUCAGUGACACAGGAUCCGUUUACCACACUGCAUGAGUUUCUAGACUGGAGAAAACUCAAACUGCUACCUCUCAGACCCCAUGACAAUGCUCAACUUAUCAGUGGUGUGUAUUUCCAGGGGACUACGAUUGGCAUGGCCCCCAUCAUGAGCAUGUGUACUGCAGAACAGUCUGGAGGAAUCGUCAUGGAUCACUCAGACAAUCCACUUGGAGCAGCCGUGACUUUAGCUCAUGAAUUAGGCCACAACUUUGGAAUGAACCACGACACUCCAGAGCGUGGGUGUGGCUGUGGGAUGACAGUGGAACGUGGAGGCUGUAUCAUGACACCAUCCACAGGGUACCCAUUCCCCACUGUGUUCAGCACAUGCAGCAAGAAGGAUCUUGCAGCCAGUCUGGACAAGGGAGUGGGAAUGUGUCUCUACAACAUUCCAGAGGUCAAAGUGCUGUAUGGGGGACAGAAAUGUGGCAACGGCUAUGUGGAGGAGGGAGAGGAGUGUGACUGUGGAGAACCAGAGGAGUGUGUGAACCCAUGCUGCAAUGCAACUACCUGUACUCUCAAAGAAGAUGCUGUAUGUGCACAUGGACAGUGCUGUGAGGACUGCAAGUUGAAGCCUGCUGGAACACCAUGCAGAGAGUUGAGUAACUCAUGUGACCUGCCUGAGUUCUGCACUGGUUCGAGUCCUCACUGCCCGGCCAAUGUCUACCUGCACGAUGGUCAUGCAUGCCACACAGUUGAUGGCUACUGUUACAAUGGCAUCUGCCAAACCCACGAACAGCAGUGCAUCACUCUCUGGGGUCCAGGGGCCAAACCUGCCCCUGGUAUCUGCUUUGAAAGAGUGAACUCAGCUGGAGAUCCCUAUGGCAACUGUGGCAAAGAUUCCAAAGGCUCCUUCGCCAAAUGUGACGCACGGGAUGCUAAAUGUGGUAAAAUCCAGUGCCAAGGUGGUGCCAGUCGACCUGUAAUUGGAACCAAUGCUGUAUCCAUAGAGACCAACAUCCCUCUGCAUGAAGGGGGGCGUAUCCUGUGUCGGGGGACACACGUAUAUCUCGGGGACGACAUGCCUGACCCAGGGCUGGUGCUGAGUGGCACAAAGUGUGCUGAAGGCAUGAUGUGUUUGAACAGACAGUGUCAGAAUGUCAGUGUGUUUGGAGUACACAAGUGUUCAGGGAAGUGCCAUGGCAGAGGGGUUUGUAAUAAUAAGAAAAAUUGCCACUGUGAAGCACAUUGGGCACCACCAUUCUGCGAGAGGGCAGGGUUUGGUGGCAGUGUGGAUAGUGGACCAAUGAGACUAGCAGAUGUGCAUGUGUGUGUAUUAAUGUGUGUAUUGUCGUAUGUGAUGUCAGCUGAUAGUCGGGCCGUGACCACAGGCGUGCUGGUCACUGUCUUCUGUCUAUUUGCGGCUGGCUUGCUCAUCUGCUUGAAGAGGAAGACACUGCUCCAGCUGCUCUUUACGAAUAAGAAGAGCACCAUUCAGAAACUCAGAUCAGUGGGAUGGAGGAGAACAGCCAGUCCAUCACACUCACAACCUGUGUACAGAGAUUCUCCCCAGCACAAAUCCCCAUCCAGAACUGCUAGCUGUAGGUUAGAUAAGCCCUGUCAUUUCAGUGCCGAGCCUCUUCUGCCUCCUUCUACAUUCCAUCCUCACAGUCUGCGACGAUUUCCUCACUGCCCUGCUCAGUGCCAACCCCUCCACAUCAGCCACCCCAUUCCCAUCACACUGGGUCUGGGUGUGGCUGCUGACCUACAAGCUCCGCCUCCUGUUCCUCCCCACAGGCCUCUGCCCAGACACACUCAGUCUCCAAUGAGAGCAUCUCCUUUCUUUACCCUCCCACGACAGCCAAUCUUCAUGGCCAAUCAGGACCAUGAGAAGCCCAGUCCUCCCCAGAAGCCACUGCCUGCAGACCCCCCAGUUCGAGGUUACAGAAUGGCCCGGAGCACAUCGGCAGCUGGAGUGCCCACAUCAGGCCAUAUCCCAACUGUACCACGACCUCCACCUGCUAUACCACAGCCAGAAAGGCCAACACCAAGGCUACCACCACCUCUAUAUGAGCGUUGACAUGAGCUCCUGAUAAAAUCAAGGACGAAUUCCACCAGCGAAUGGACACUUUUAUUUGCACUACAAAAACUCUAGUGGGCCCACUGCACACCCAUGUGGAACACCGUAGAGUACUUUUUGAAAAAGAAGGGAACUGUGCUUAAUUCUUGGUGCUGUGCCUCACACAAGGUGCUCAGCGUCCUCACUCAGGUACUGUGGAAAUAAGAUGUAUAUUUAUUGUCAGAAGAACACAAUGCACUGUGGUCAACACUUUUUCUAUGGUGGUUAUUAUUGUGAACUUUUUACUAAUAUGUUUGUGCUUGUCUUUUUGUCAACACUAUGGACACGUAUCGAUUUCAGAUGAAGAGACUGUUUGCUUUUUUUAAUUCAUCUGUACUAGGGCAACUCCUGUGAUGUUCCUGUAAAUAUGAAUGGAUGUUGUAUAAGUACUAGACCUACAUUUACUGUACUUGCAGAUUGAAGGUGCUUCAUUCAGCAGAGAUUUCAAACAUAAAAAAGAUUUCUCCUGAAGCAUAUUUUAGUGAAAGCAUAAUUGCAAGUAAACCUUGGACAGAAAUUAUAGUCAAUAAUAUAAUCAACAAACCUCAACAAUACACUAUAUUGCCAAAAGUAUUCGCUCACCCAUCCAAAUAAUCAGAAUCAGGUGUUCCAAUCACUUCCAUGGCCACAGGUGUAUAAAAUCAAGCACCUAGGCAUGCAGACUGUUUUUACAAACAUUUGUGAAAGAAUGGGUCGCUCUCAGGAGCUCAGUGAAUUCCAGCGUGGAACUGUGAUAGGAUGCCACCUGUGCAACAAAUCCAGUCGUGAAAUUUCCUCGCUCCUAAAUAUUCCACAGUCAACUGUCAGCUGUAUUAUAAGAACGUGGAAGUGUUUGGGAACAACAGCAACUCAGCCACGAAGUGGUAGGCCACGUAAACUGACGGAGCGGGGUCAGCGGAUGCUGAGGCGCAUAGUGCGAAGAGGUCGCCAACUUUCUGCAGAGUCAAUCGCUACAGACCUCCAAACUUCAUGUGGCCUUCAGAUUAGCUCAAGAACAGUGCGCAGAGAGCUUCAUGGAAUGGGUUUCCAUGGCCGAGCAGCUGCAUCCAAGCCAUACAUCACCAAGUGCAAUGCAAAGCGCCGGAUGCAGUGGUGUAAAGCACGCCGCCACUGGACUCUAGAGCAGUGGAGACGCGUUCUCUGGAGUGACGAAUCGCGCUUCUCCAUCUGGCAAUCUGAUGGACGAGUCUGGGUUUGGCGGUUGCCAGGAGAACGGUACUUGUCUGAGUCCAUUGUGCCAAGUGUAAAGUUUGGUGGAGGGGGGAUUAUGGUGUGGGGUUGUUUUUCAGGAGCUGGGCUUGGCCCCUUAGUUCCAGUGAAAGGAACUCUGAAUGCUUCAACAUACCAAGACAUUUUGGACAAUUCCAUGCUCCCAACUUUGUGGGAACAGUUUGGAGCUGGCCCCUUCCUCUUCCAACAUGACUGUGCACCAGUGCACAAAGCAAGGUCCAUAAAGACAUGGAUGACAGAGUCUGGUGUGGAGGAACUUGACUGGCCUGCACAGAGUCCUGACCUCAACCCGAUAGAACACCUUUGGGAUGAAUUAGAGCGGAGACUGAGAGCCAGGCCUUCUCGUCCAACAUCAGUGUGUGACCUCACAAAUGCACUUCUGGAAGAAUGGUCAAAAAUUCCCAUAAACACACUCCUAAACCUUGUGGACAGCCUUCCCAGAAGAGUUGAAGCUGUUAUAGCUGCAAAGGGUGGACCGACGUCAUAUUGAACCCUAUGGAUUAGGAAUGGGAUGUCACUUAAGUUCAUAUGCGAGUCAAGGCAGGUGAGCGAAUACUUUUGGCAAUAUAGUGUAUGUGGUUGUUAUAGAUCCACUAAGAAGAAACAAUAACUAAAAAACAUACAGAAUCAGAAAAUGUUAUCAUGCUCAGUUUUGUUUUUAGCUAUGAAGCUCAUGCAGACUGGAUGCUGUUGUACUUUGUUGAUGUCCUAUCAAAACAUUAUUUAAAUGUAAGUGAGUCAACAAGUACAUUUUUUCCUAUCCUAACCUAUUUGAUUUAACUAUACUGAUUCAUGAAAAACUGGCACCUAUCACAGCUACUGUCUUUUUAAGCAGCAGGAUUUGUUAUAAUUACAAGCUGGUUUACAUUUCCCAUGAUAUUUCUUAAAUCUUACUGGUAUCUUUAGUACUGUUAACUUCACUGUUUAUAUUGUUGAUAGACUCAGUGCUGUACUGACAUGCAUUUACUUUUUUUAUCACAUUUCCCAAGGAAAAAAAAAAAUCAUUUG